GGCUAGGAGCUCCACAACCAAACGGACCCGCAGCCGAGUAUGGCUACGCGGUAGCGCGUGGUGCUGAGGCGCGUGUCUCGGAGACCAUUCGGUCACGUGCGCUGGCGUUGUAUGUGUCAAGGUUACUACGACCUUUUUGGCUGUUCGACAUUCUGCAGCCAGUUCGAGGUGGAGCGACAAUGGUAAAUCCUUCAGCAGCCGGACAAAAAAGGACAAGAGACGACAUGUUUGUCAACGGAGGAGGACAGGUAAAACUUGAUUGGAUGUACCUACAAAUUUCUAGUAAAGUUGACAUGACUCUUGUUCCUAGUAUGUUCUCUCAGCGGAAAAUCUCCAGUAGGGUAGCGACGAGGUACUGCGCGCCGAGUCGUUGCGUUUUGGGGCUGUAUUUGGCGUGGGAUUACAGCUCUGGCAAUGGUGGCUAUUGCUCAGUAGGGUGCACUGGAGAACUUCCGCUGCAAUAGACUAGAUGUCCAAAAGUCAUGAAAGUUGAGCUAUAUGAUGUAUCAACUACUUUUUCCUCCAUUGAAUAACGCAAUUUGCACAUCAGACAAUUUUUCCAUCUGAUUAGUAAUAUAUCAAAACAUAGGUCGUCUCCCAGCCCCUGCGCUCCCUCUAUUGUCUUACUUGGCGACGAUCUGAACGCGAAUGGCUUGAAAACUCGCUUCGCGGUGUGCUUGGUGUACUGCGGAGAGCAAAGAAUUGCAAUUUGCAGCAUUUCGGAGGCGAAGCCGCUAUUUUCGAAGGCCUUCUGAUCCUGGUGGAGCGAUCUCUUGACGUUUUGCACUUUCUGCAGAUGCUUUCUGAAAGUUUACCCCACAUCUUGAUGCCGCCAAUGAUGAACUCACCCUCCUCCUCUUCUAGUAUAGUAUCUGACGCAGCAGCUUUAUCCCGUCUCGCCUUCCGCGAUCUCGUGCACGGAGAACAAGGUCGAGCCACCGUCAGUCGCUUUGUUAAGAACUGCUCGUAUGCGCUUAAUUGCGCUAGACUGGCGCAGAAGUGUCCACAUCUGUUGUCCAUUGCGGAAGCUGAAAUCCAACACGCACACGAACUGCUGGAUAGGAUGCAUCAAGGGACGAGCUUGCUCUCAAACGCUCCUCAUGCUGUGGAGACGGCUGUGUCGCUGUUGAAGAGAAAUUUAGCACUAGUGGACAUGCAGGAAACUGGUACUUUGUUUUGAAAAGAAUACGCAGUGGUCCGUAAGAGAGACGACCACCAUGUUGAUUAGCACUAGCAGAUACAACAAAACUAUUUAGACCUAUAACUUCAAGUCAAAAAACGCCGAAGUCAACAUAAUUCGAACUAAACAAGGUUGAUGACCAAAAUUCAAAAACAUCUCCCCAUGAUGUACCAUGAAGAUCUACUUAUUCAUCAAAUCUACUAACCACCAGGCGCUCGCCUCCGCUUACAUGGUUGCAUUGUCCCCCUCAUCGAGUUAGCAGCCUUGAAAGCCAAGGAGCUCGAUCCAGCGGACACUGCCAGCGAAGUUCCGGCGCAAGGCGAGGCCGUUUUCUCGGCUCGGAUGAAAAUCUACGACAUCGUCUAUCAUUCCCUCAACGAUCUCGCACUCAGGGCUGAAGGACAAAUCCAAAUAUCUUCUCGAAACAGUUCUUUGUCCAGCAAGAAACAUCAACAAAGCAAAUCCUUCCUCUCUCAACAACCAAUCCCUGAACCCCAAGUUGUACAUCAUCAAUCUUCUCUUCAACUCGUUCAACGACAUCAACAUCAACAAUAUGGAGGGUCAUCAGGUGUGCCGAUGAUCAUAAGGGGGGAUUUGAACAAUAUACAAGCAGCUGAAGUAUUAGAACGAUUGAUUUGGACAAUACUAGAAGUGCCAGAUCGCCUUUUUCAGUGCGGACUCUUCAAGCUUUUGCUCACGUGGAAAGCGCCAAUUUGGGAGUACCUACUGUUACUUCUGACUUUCGUCGUAUGAUUUUUGUUAUUUUUACACCCUAUGCUGCCCGGCCCUGUGCUUGUGCAUCUGAACUGAAGGCUCUUAUACGAGUAGAAAAAGAAAAUUCUACUUAUAGAUAUACAUCGAUGCAUAAGAAAAACUACCUUUUUCCAGUUCCACGCUCAAGUUUAUUAUCUUCUCGUCAUCGCAUCUCGAUCUCCUGAUACCACUCCUACGCUCCACGACUACAACAGGCUCCAGUCGCCCUAUCUUGCGGAUUUCCUCCUCUCAAGACGGAGCAUCCAACCAGAGUUGCUCUGCAAAUGGUAUCAAGCGAAUGGCCAAUGGCUUGCAGCAUGCGAAGAAUAUCGUAAUGUGGCACGGCUGCCGUGGCCUGCUAAUGGAGACCCGGACAAUGCGGCGAUGUUAGCGCUAGAGGAACGCCUAAACUUCCUGGAAACGGCGAGUCACAUUAGUGGUAGAAAAAGACACGUGGUUUUAGAAAAAUUCAAAUUCUAAGAUUUGUCUCAAUAUUUCUUGUUCACACAAUCAUCCUAUUCCUAGUACGUACUCCUACUGUCUACUGAGCAAUUAUAUCAGCACUUCUUUUUCUCACAACACUUCAUUCAAAAAUACAACUUAACCCAUGCGUCCCAGGUGACUACCCAGACGUGCGCGCUAGCCUCUUGUUCUUGAUAAGGCAAGUCAGGUGCCAGAUGACUGCGCUGUCGGAGUUGGAGGAAGUUGGAGCCAACCCAGCAAUCCUUCGCGAUGUUCAAGCGUCAAUACUAGAUGUUCCAGUUUUGCAGUCGCUAGCGGAUAAAUACAGCCUACAUACCACUAACGUAGCGAUAUGCUUCUGGCAUGAGGAUACGAGAAGUAUUUGCUUUUAUAUUACUCUGUAUCUUCCUCUUUUUUUAGAAGGAAUUGCUUGCAUUGAAUUGUGGCAUCAUCAUGAUUAGAUACUAACUUCGAUUUCGCCUUGUCUUGAAGUUGAUAUGUAAGUACCCUAAUUCUACAGACCUUCGUGCCUACGUCGACCGCUGGAUGCGGUAUACCACUGGUGCCCUGAAUAAUCAGCGAAACCCGCUUGUCCUCGGCGCCGACGCAGUUAGGGAUCGCGUUGUGCGACUGCUUUUAGCCUAUCUGAAGCCCUUUAGCGCAUCUAACAAUGGUGUAAGCGCCAUUUUUCUACCCUUAGAUUUGAUUGCCUUGCGGUUGUUCGAGUAUGCUUCUGGGUCUGGUGGUUCUACUGGUGGUUCACCUGGAUCUUCAGUCCAACAAAUUUCGCGUUUUGUCGCUGGUGCCUUCCGGGAAGCGGGCAUUGCAUGGCCUGAGGUGUAUGGAGCUAUCUCCAGCGCUGGCAUUCCCGCAGGUAGAGCCCUGUACGAAUUAAAACACGAUAUUUUGCUAUCAUGGGAAGACGAAUUGUCACAUAGGAACACAGUUGGCACACGCAUGGUGGUUCAGCAACUUCAACGGUGUUUCGCAGAAUUGGCUAUGGAAAUGCGACAAAGCCCAAACUUACCAAACAACCUAUGGGACAAGAUGAACCAUUUGAGUCUGCGCGUUGAACGUUUGGCACUGGGUGCUAGUGCUCAGAACCUACGUGGAGGAGGCUUCGGAGGAGCGGCUGGUGGACUAGGUCGCAGUUUCGUGCUCUAAUACAUAGGACGGCAGAUAGUUUCAUGAUCCUGUUAUGGAACUACUACGCGAAUAGGAUUUCUAUCACGAUACAUAGUUGUCACUUUUCCAUGUGACCCAGACCCUUUUGCGCAUGAGGGUACAACAUACUACUACUACUAGUAUUUUUAGAUAGUAGUAGUACAGGCCUGCUUAACUUCAUCUGUUUGUACAUCCAUGCUCACAUGCAGCAAGAAGCUGUUUUUCUACGCGACUGAAAAUAUAGCGACAAAACCUUCUAUCUUUUGUGGGAAAUAUAGUGACGAAACCUUUUUUUUAUAGUGACGAAGAAACGCAAUCCCAAUAAAGAACAGGAAUCGUGUCAUUGACGAUGACGAAGAAGCGGAGUAU